CGCACAUUAUGACGGUUAAUUACAGCAACUAAUAAUUAUUAUUGAUCUCUACACUUCAGUUCCAUAACUUUCAUUGUCUAGUCUAGCUAUACUAUCAAGUCAACUGAACGCUACAAUGUCUGUCACUGUCAACACACCAAAUAUUCCAAAUACGUACGCAGCUCAACCUGGCUACCAGCCUGUGUCUACGCAGGAAUUUAGCCAACCGCCCCCUCCCCCAGCCUACACUGGGUACCCUCCAGCUGCCCCCCAACCACAGUACUACCAGCCUCACCCUGGCUACGCUCAACAACAGAGCAGUAACAAUGUGGUAGUGGUCCAACAGUCAGCUGCAGUUAUCCCUGUGAUAGUACGACCAGAUGGCUAUCAAUCAGAUGCUGGACAACCUGCUCUUGUUUUUUCAAUGAUCAUCACUAUCUUUGCUCUCAUCUGUGGCUGUUGGUGGAGCAUUGUGUGCAGCAUACCGGGAAUGGUGUUUGCAACCUCCGCAACAAGUGCUGGUAUCCGUGGUGACCGUGAGGGUGUCCGUUCAAACAACAACCUUGCCUACGGGUGCACUAUUGGUGCUGUUGUUGGAGGUGUUGUGGGUGUGGGGGCUAUUGUGGGGCUCGUGUUUGGACUGGGAGCAUUCCGAAGAAGCUGCUAUGGUAGUUACUGCUAUUGAAGAUAAGCAGGCUGGUGAACAGAGGGUAUUAUAUGAACAUCGAAAAUGAGUAAUAAUAGUUUUGCUAUACUUUUGCAUUAGUCUGUCGUAUAAUACUGCAUCCAAUUAAGAACACACCAAGAUUGUUUCGUACCUAUACAUGUGUAUAUAUACUAUAAUUAAAUUUUGUUUUUUAACAUCAAA